ACCGAUGGAAGGGAACCAGACAGAAGAUGGGAGAAACUGAUCUAAGAAAUUAUGAAUUAUCUCAACUGCAAGCAGAACUCGAGCAAGAGAGAGAGGGCAAGGAGAUGUUACAGGACUCUGCCUCUGACCUGAGGAGCACGUUGGUUGAUUUGGAGGAAAGACUUCACAGCGUAGAUGGAGAAGAGAAUGAAUGGCGGACCAGAUUUGAGACACAGCUGGAGCUGAACGGGCAGCUGGAGAAACAAAUCAGUGUCGUUCGAGAAAGACUCGAGACCCUCCGUGGUGAUCCGGCAGAUCGACUGGCAUCCAUUCGCUCAUUUGAUGAAAUGCCAGUGAGUGCUCUCAGACAGAGGCUUAAGCUGCUGACCACGGAGAAGAGCAGCCUACAGUCUCAGUUGCUGGACUUCCAAAUGAGAAUUUCCCAAGAAGGAAAGGCUUAUCAGAAGGCCUAUGAAGAGAGGCGGGCCUAUCUUGAAGAGAUUGCUAAGCUGUCCUCAACUCUGGAUGUGAACAGAAAACAGCAGAUGUUUCAAGCCCGGAGGACAACACAGGGUCCAGACAAAAGAAGCCAGGAGAGUAUGAAGCAAGGUUCAGAUGUGAAGAAGGGAUCUCUUAAAAAAGCAUCAGCUAUGAGCCGACUCCCUCGAUUAAAACGUUAA